AAGAGGUUAUAAGAAAUUUUUGAGACUAUUUCAAUCUUCUGAGUAAUUAUAUCACUUUCGUUUUAAACAUUUGUUUAUAUUUCGGCGAUUUGAAGAAUCUUCUAAAAAACAAGUGUAUGCUAGUGUUGAUUAGAAAUAAGUAAGAUUUUAAUAGAAUUAAAACUAGUAAAUUAAUAUUUUUUUUUGCUUUAGUCUGGAUAUGGAAUGCAUUCUGGAAGUUUGUGUAGAUAAUAUUGAAUCGGCUAGAAAGGCUGAAGCUGGAGGUGCAGAUCGAAUAGAAUUAUGUCAAGCCCUUGCAGUUGGAGGUUUAACUCCAAGUUUAGGUUUUUUAAGAAAAAUAAAAGAGAAUUUAAAUAUACCAGUUUUUACAAUGAUUAGAGCCAGAGAUGGAGACUUUAGCUAUAGUGAAUUAGAAGUUGAGCAGAUGAAAGAUGACAUUAGAGCAGCCUUGUCUGUUGGAAUCAAUGGUUUUGUUCUGGGUGCUCUCAGGAAAAAUAAUGUUGAUAAAGAAGUAUGUUAUUCUUUGUUAAAGGAAUGUGGCAAUAAACCUGUUACAUUUCAUCGAGCCUUUGAUUUGAUAGAAGACUCAUCUGUAGCUCUAUCUGACAUCAUUGAAUUGGGAUUUUCAAGAAUUUUAACUAGUGGACAUUCAACAAGUGCUUACAAAGGAAUGGAAAAUAUUAAAUCUUUUAUUGAAAAGGUUGAAUCAAGAAUAAUUAUCAUGCCUGGUUGUGGCAUAAAUGUGAUGAACUUGAAAGAAAUAAAAGAUUUCACCGGUGCUACAGAAUAUCAUUCUUCUGCUCAACUUCCACGUGCUGUUGUAGAGGAUAAUAAUGUUGUGAAAGGAACAACAUAUCAUCCUAUGACUUCAAUUGAAAUUGUUAAAAAAAUGAAGACAAUUUUGUGCAGCUAUUCCUGAAAGCAAGACUAAAGAAUGAAUUCAAAUGUUAUGAAAUUAAUCUUUCUUAUUUUAUAUAAAAAUGAAUUAUAUAUUUUUAUAGAAAAAAAGUA